UUGAUUGCGGCGGCCAUACUAAAUAGACGCUCCCGCGCUCGCAAACGUCAGUCCCGCGCGCGCUUCGAAAUUCGAAAAGUGACCGUUCGUUUUCUUUUUUUUAAAUGUAAAUUCCAUUCGAACUGUCGGUGUUUCUUUUUAUGUGAACAAUGAACAGAUAAAAGAAAUUGUUUUUAAAAAUAAUUGUGAAAAAGUAAUAUUUUGAACUGAAUAAAAAACCGUACAGUUUUAUAUUAGCAUUUUCUUAAGACCCUUUUUGCUGUGUUUCGUGUUGACAAAAGCUGCCAUGACUAACACUAAGCAUUUGUUGGUGUUCCUCGCGUUGGUCUGCGCAUGCACAGCAUACUGGGGUCCAGAUUUACCCCCGGGACCGUACUGCGGGAAGACAAACGGUUGCUGUAACGACAGACAAGAUUCAUGCGCUCACAGAAUAUUGAAUACAUUAUGUUACUGCGACGAGUUUUGCAAUCGAACCCGGGCCCAUGACGAUUGCUGCCCGGACUACGAGCCCGUCUGCCUCGGCCUCACUCCCGGGAACUUGAUGCUCCCGUGCCAACACAACGGGAAGAGUUACUUCCCCGAACAAACCAGGACUGAAGACUGCAACUUAUGUGAAUGCGUGAAGGACCCGAUCACUAUGAACACGGACUGGCAUUGCGAGGAUGACCCCUGUCUGAUGAGCAACGCCGUGGUAGAAGGUGUCAAUAGAGGUGGAUCCAGCUGGAGGGCAUACAAUUAUCCCGAGUUCCGUAAUAAAAAACUUAAAGAAGGUCUAAUAUACAAACUUGGUACAUUUCCAUUGAACGCGGAAACGAGACGCAUGGGCCCACUGCGGUACGACAAGGAUAUACCUUACCCGACCCAAUUCGACGCGAGGACAAGAUGGCCAGGCUUCAUCUCACCUAUUGUAGACCAGGGCUGGUGCGGUUCCGACUGGGCGGUGUCGCUUGCUGGCGUUGCUUCUGACAGAUUCGCAAUCCAAUCUAACGGUGCUGAGAACAUGGUGCUAAGUCCACAAACUCUUCUCUCUUGCAACGUGAGGGCACAACAGGGAUGUCAUGGCGGACAUAUUGAUGUCGCUUGGAACUUCGCUAGAGGUCACGGAUUAGUAGAUGAAAACUGCUUCCCAUACAAGGCGUCAGUCACUCGCUGUCCGUUCAGGCCCCGUGGUAACUUGAUACAAGACGGUUGUGUGCCGCUUGUGAAGAGGCGCACCUCCAGGUACAAGGUCGGCACGCCAGCCAAGCUCGGACAGGAGAAGGACAUAAUGUAUGAUAUUAUGGAGUCAGGACCAGUACAGGCUGUUAUGACGGUGUACCAAGACUUCUUCCAUUACCGCGACGGCGUGUACAGACGCAGUUACCAUGGCAACAACGAGCUAAAAGGCUUCCACAGCGUGCGUAUUAUCGGCUGGGGUGAAGACCGUGGUGAUCGCUAUUGGUUGGUCGCUAACAGUUGGGGCCGUCAAUGGGGCGAGAAUGGAUACUUUAAGAUUGCGCGCGGUGAAAUCUGA